AUGGCGAGGGCCCCGACCGAUUCUUACCGGCGCAGAUCCCCAGUAUCCCAGGACCGUCGUCGUGGACGUGGUCGCUCUCGUUCUCCGGCCAUGAUCGAUCGUUACGAACCAUCGGACCGCAGACAAACCAGGGACGAUUAUUACGCGACGGCCCGUGAACACGCUGGGCGCGAACGUGAGGAUCGUCGUCGUCCUCCUUCUCCGACUGUGGCCAACAUUGACCGUUACGUCCCGGGACAAGAUGCGGGCAAGCGACCCAUUCCGACGAACCCUCUUCCGAACCCCUUAACCCUCGAUUUCCAAGUCGGUUUCAACUGGUUUGCUGAAUGGUGGAGAGCGGAACAGUCCAUUAAGGAAGAAAAGGAGCGCGCGAAGCAUGGCGGACGUCGCCCGUCUGAUCGUGUAAAGGGAGAGCGCGAAGCGCGUGAGGACCGCGAACGUGAGAGAGCGCAGAUCCAAGCCGCCUACGAUGCGUACAAGGUGGACCUGCAGAUCAAGAUGGCUCGGACGUUUGUUCAGCAGCACCGGAACGAAGAAUGGUUCAAGGAGCGCUAUGUACCAGAAGUCCGAGACCCUCUGCGUCGCAAGCUGAUGGACUUCCGCGCGGGGGCCUACCAACAAUGGGAGCGCGACAUUGAGAAUGGGCUGUUUGACGAGUUCACUCUGGAGGGUAUCUACAAGAGUGAAAGCGAUGGUGCUGGUGGCGUCAUCGAGAAAGAGGAAGGCGAAACGACCGCCGUGGGCGAGACCCUGGGAGUUUUGGACCUUCUUCCCGCAAGAGGAGGUGAAUUGCGCGAUGAAGCUUUGUCUCAACCCGCCCUUCUCAUCAAGACCUUGGCUCCGAAUGUGAGUCGGGAGAAGAUUGAAGAAUUCUGCAAAGAGCAUUUGGGCGAACAAGAUGGCGGAUUCAAAUGGCUCAGUUUGAGCGACCCGAAUCCUUCCAAAAAGUACCACCGCAUGGGUUGGAUCGUUCUGAAUCCGGCGCCCGAUGUUACCGUGGUUGAGCGUGGAGAUGGAAGGGACGAGGAAGGCGAAGAGAUGGACCAUGGAGAUACUAACGGAGCUACCACUGUCACUGCGGCUGAGAAGGCCUUGGAAGCAGUCAACGACCAGACGAUCCAUGAUCCUGUCCAUGGGGACUUUGUUUGCCAUGUUGGCGUUCAUGCACCUCCGUCUCAGCCCCGGAAGAAAGCUCUAUGGGAUCUGUUCUCUGCACCCCAGCGCAUUGAACGCGACCUAGAGCUGGCCAGGAGACUGGUCAUGCGACUGGAUUCUGAGAUGGGUGGCAAUGCUGAUGGCUUUUCGAAAAUUGAAGAACGGGUCGACGAGUUACGUGGGAAGGGUUGGCUUCAACCACCCGUCACGGGCCCUGUCAGCGUCAAGAAGCGGAAGGACUUUGACGCUGAUGAUGUUGAUGAGGGGGAGGCUGAGGAAGGUGAAGAGCAGGAAGGGUGGGAGGAGGAGGACGAAGUCGAUGAUGAAGAGCUUCUGGCAAGGAAGAAGAAACUGGAUCUGACGGUGGAAUACUUGCGUCGGGUGUACAACUUCUGUUUCUUUUGCGUUUUCGAGAGUGAUUCGGUCCAUGAGCUUACGCGGAAAUGUCCUGGUGGUCAUCUCCGUCGCCCACGGGCUGGUCUCACGUCUCAAGCGAAAGACGUUGCCCGGGCGAGUGCCCUUGGACAACCCUUCCCUACCAAGAAGAAGGAGCCCAGUGAGGAGGGCGAACAGUCUCCCGUCGAGGAGAAGCGUCCCCAGCGAUUCACUUCCAAAGCCGACCAGCAGCUGCAGCGUGCAUUCAACUGGGUGAGAACGUUUGAGGAUAAACUUCUACAGAUCUUGGAGCCGGAGAAUGUCGACAUCCGGAAGCUGGGCGGAAAACCAGUUGAGGAAGCGCUGGAGGAAGAAUUGUCCAAAUACGUGAAGCAGGAAGACGAGUCCAAGUACCGAUGCAAAGUCCCUGAAUGUACCAAACUGUUCAAGGCAGAUCAUUUCUGGCGCAAGCAUGUCGAGAAGCGUCAUACGGAGUGGUUUGAGAAUAUCAAGAGUGAUCUCGCUCUUGUGAAUGCCUACGUGCUUGACCCCGCUCGCAUCGCACCUUCGCGAUCUGACGCCAACAGCAACGGCCACUUCCCUCUUGCUUCUUCUCAGGGCCAAGUGGGCACUCCGCGAGGGUUCAGUCUGUCUGCAAUGCCGGCGGCGUACUUGGGCGGCGGAAAUCUUCCUGCCGGCUUCCAAAGCGUCCCGGGGGCUGGUGUUCCGGGUAUGAUGGGCAUGAACUCCCCGGCGGGUUCUUGGGGCGGAAAUGGAUUCGUUCCUGGUGAUUCGUCUGGCUUGCAUCAGCCCGGGCCCAUGCGCCGUGGUGGUCGCCAUAACCGCUCCGGACCCUACGAUCGCCGCGGAAAUCGCUAUGGCGGUUCUGGCGCUGGCGGCGGCCGCUUGAGCCCUGUCCGCGGUAUGAAUAUGUAUGGGUCCGGCGGUCGACUGCCCUCGACUGCUGGCGCUCCCUAUAUUCCUCCUGGACACCCUGCCGCCGCUGCCUUUGGCGCCGGCGGUUUCGCCGAUGCCAUGGGCGCCGGGUCAGCGCAGCAGGGUAUGGGGCCGCGUGAAGCCGUGCAAGGUCGCAGCCUCAAAAGUUAUGAGGAUCUGGAUGCGGUUGGUGGGGCCGGCAGUGGUGAAUUGAACUAUUAG